AUGAAUCCGGCGUGCCACCAGCUACUACGUGAAUGUGUGGGCUGGUCCCAGAGAGUGUCAGGUCACCGCUGUGACCCGUGCCUUUUCAGAGACGCCACAGAAGUCUUGAAAGAACAGUGGUGUCACCAGGGUAUGAGCUACUCGUCGAAGCUCGAAGCCGGGAGGCAUGCAUAUCUGAACACAUGCAGCCCCUGCGUUUUUCAUGGGCGUGACUGUUCUACUCAGAAGAUGGUCACAUUCGAUGUUUCAGGCUUGCCCUGCCCAGACAUGAGCCAAGCUGGGAAGAGGCAGAAACGGGCGGGGCCCACGAACUCAGUGUACAUUGCCCAUGGCCGUUGGACUACUGAGCUGGAAACACCCUUGCUCUUGGUGGAGUGCACCAAAGAGCUGGACAUGGGUAUGCUGGAGGACACACAUCCCGACCACGACUUCUAUCAGUUGUUCUCAGAGCCCAGCAAUGUGGGGUUCUGUGGGGUGGCCCGGUACCGCACGUGGGUCAUUGGGGCCCAUCGCAAGCGCACGGUAUCGCUGUUCGACCCUUUCAUGCUACAGGACAUGCUGACGACAGCCUUUCAGCACAAUGUGAAGGCAGAGGUCCAGGACUUUCUGGUGGCAUCUACUGCCGAGAUUCACCUGGAGGCAAGUGUGCGAGCAUUGCAUCGACGAGUUCCCUACCGGGUUGGAGGCGAGAAAGACUUGCAGUACCUGCUGAGUCCGAGGGAGGAAACAUGUAGGCAGAAGCUGGAUGCGAAGUUCUUGCAGAAGUAUGGCAUGCUUCCAGGCGAGCACAGCAGUUUGGUGUACUACCUCGGCGACUCUGCCGAAUACUGCACAUGGUCAGCAUCCUCCCAGAAGAUCCCGACCUACCGUGUGAAUGCAAAAAAUGCACUCUACUGGCUGCCGAAACAGAAGCGGUGGCUGACGGCCAAAGAGCGGCUGUGUUCGAUGGGCUUUCCAUGCACGAACGAGAUUGCAGGAGCAAUGCAGGUGCCACUGUUGGGUGCCACAGACAUUCAGCGAGCAGCAGACCUUUGUGGCAACAGCAUGCACUUCACGACUUGUGGCAUAAUGCAGCUGAUAGCGCUGAGUUGCUUUGGUCCGAAGCAGUCAGGUUUGGGUGGCAGUGAGUCACUUUUCUGA